GCCAUGACCAGCGUCAUGCAUUUUUCCCCUAUGCUAUUUUCAAGAUGGCCGAUGGUCUGGAAGCUGACAAAAUACUGGACCUUCUUGAAUCCCGGAUAAAACGGAUCGAAGAGAGAGUAUACGCUGCAAAUGGCAGUAAAAAUCUUGACGACGGAAAGGUUGCAGAAGCCAUUUUUGAAGCUCAGAGGCAACUUAAAGAUGUAGAGGCAAAGUCUGCUGCAGGCAGCACAGUUUUCAAACACUUGAUGUCAUUGGAGAAUUACCUCUCAGCUGAAUUUUUAGAGGGAAUAACUUCAAAUUCAGAUUCAAAAGCAGAGAUUGUUCUUGCCAGUGAAAAUAAUAUUAGAGGAACUGCAAAGCUGCUUGAAGAAAUUGAGAAGAGGAAAGCUGUUAUCAAUGAGAAGAAGUUACUAGAUGUGCCUCAAUGGAAUGCAAAGUUGGAACCUUUGGCUCAAGUUCAGAUUCAGCAAAUGGAUGAAGCUGAUGAGACCAGUUCACAUGUAGUCAACCUGCUAUCUGCCUAUAACAACACUAUUUCAUCCCUUUCAAAGCAGUUCAUUCAAUGGGAUAAUGUGAUCACACAAUGUGAAAUUGCUGUUGAGAAAGCGAAAACUGCCAGCCAAGAAUGAUUGAAUGAGUCUUGCCUCAUUACCUGGUACAAAUGGUGUUGAACUGAACUGGUUAGUCUACCUGAACAUUCUAGUUCCACAUGACUAUUUGUGAAAACUGUGAAAGCAAUUUAAAAAACGACAAGGUAAUUGCAUAAUUUGGAACUAAGAGCAAAAGGAUCUAUGUAAUUAAAUUAGUUUGUUCCGUGCUAUGUAGAAAUUAUUUAACUUAGUACUAAUACUUAAAGGUAUAUGAUAUGGAAAAAUAUCAGUA